AUGUCAAUGUGGUGCUUUAGUAGGAACAGGAGUUCUUCAUUUCCAAAGGUCGUACGGCAUUCUGAGGGAUAUAUAAACUUCGCGGACGAUUUCACAUCACCAGUGGUAGCUAUCCUCGAUCACACCAUGUUCACUUGGCUGAUGCUCUCCUGCCUCUUAGGCUUCUCCCUGGCUGAGGUUCAGGAUUACCAAAUAUGUUACAAGGGAAACAGCGCCGCUGAAAACAGCUGCAUGAAAGUGGAUGUAGACCGCCUUGCCAUGAAAAUUCACUUCCACAUGCCUGAAUCCGACGACUUCGAUGACGUGGAAACUCUGGAGGAUUAUAGUGUGGGUCUAGCAGCAUCUCGAGUGGUGUCCCAGGAAGCGUGUUACGUGAGGCGACUGGUUAAAUCUUUCGAGCAACAAGUAGCCUUCAUCAAAGGCCAUCAGGAUGAUGGCAUGAGGGUUGAGUCUGACGUCAGAGUUUCCGCUGUUUCCCUCGACAAUCCUGAGGAGGAGAUCGGCUCGGAUCUUGCCAACUUCUGUGCGACCUUCCCGUUUACAAACUGGUCACUGAAGAACAGAAUGACAGUGUUCAAGACCGUCGUCAAGUGAGCGUCACCUUCACCCGCUGCAUCCUGCUGUGUUUCAUUCCCAGGUGCUUCACCACCACGCUCACUCUCCCCACUGGCUCCACCAUCACCUUCGGGUGGCUCUUCUUCGGCUAAAAAUUGUGUUAAGCAAUAUUGUUCGCUUCCACUACGGGCAAAUAGAAGUCUCUAUUACCUGUCUCGAUGAUGUACACUUACUUGUGAUUAAAAUUUAUUGCAUUUCAA